AUGUCUGCCUCGGGGAAUGCUGCAUUGAAGCCACCAGUCCCCCCUGCCCCGAAGCCAGCGCCCGCGGUCGCUGCUGACUCUGCAUCUCCGGCUCCGGACCUCGUGUCGUGUGAGGCUCCGGCGCCUCUCCUGCCUACCCCUGUUGCUGAGCCGAGCCUUCCUGCGGGUCCCGCGCCCUCCGCGCCUGGUCCGCCGGCUGUCCCUGUGGAAUCUGCGGGACCGCCUGCAGUUGCUGAACCUGGUGUUGCUCCGCUCGUGCCUGAACUCCUUGCGGCACUGCCCGCCGUUGCUGUCCCUGUUGCCCCCGACGCGGCUAUUGGUUCGUCGCCAAUGGCGGUGUCCGCCACUACUGGCGGCCCGGGCCCGAAUGUGGCACCAGCGGGGGCCACCCAGGCGGCGCCCGUUGCUGCACCUGUGGGUCAGCAGCCGGGCCAGCGCUCCUCUCGCCCGCAUUCUCCUGCGCCUCGUGAGGAGCGGGAGUCGUCACGACGCCGUCGUGAUUCUCCCUGGCGCAACCGUUCGCAGGCGAACUGGCAUGCACAACAUGGCGGUCGUGGUGGAUGGCGGGGAGGUCGCGGUUACGGCAGCGGCUUGGCGUAUGUUCAGCCGAUCUCCCUCGCGGACGUGCAGCGUGUUGUCUCAGCGGCGAUACGCGAGGAGAGGGCGGCUCCCUCCGUUCCUGCCGCCUCUGCUGCCGUACGUGACCGCCGCUUGUGGCUACUGCAGGUUCCUCCAGUUGCGGGACUGGAAUUUGUGACUGCGGCAGGAGGAGCGGUGACGGCACAGUACCCGCCCCUAUUGGCCGCUGAUCCCGCCCCCCCGUCUGUUCUUGAUGCUCCGCUCCUCCCGACCUUGCCUGGGCCUCCUCGCAUGGCUGAGGUCCCGGAAGCGAGCCUGGUGCAGAUGUGGCGCCUCUGUGAGGCCCUUCGAGCCGUCCACCUGAUCCAGGUGUACGGUCAUGCUGCUCUGUUCCAGGGAAAUUCCCUGGAUGGAGGCCCUCGGGACGAGUGCCUUGAUGCGGCGGAUCGGCUCGCCGAGCUCCUGGAGCCCGUGCUGGCUGCGCCUGUGCGGGUUGUAAUUGCGGGCGUUGGGCAGCUUGGAACGGCUGUCCGUGGGUUGAAGCGGGUCCUGCGCGUUGGGACUGGAGACGAAGUGAUCGGCGCAAGCGCGGCGGUGGUGCGGGAGCUUCACCGAUCUCAGACUGGGCUUCUUGCGGUUCACGACGCGGAUCAAUACUAG